AUGGCAUUUCCAUCUCGCUCGAUGACAAAAACGACAUGUGUGCUGGAACGCGUACAAGCAGAUGUCAUGGGGCCUAUGAGGACUUCCUCGAAGGGUGAUGCUAAAUACAAUUUUACGUUGGUGGAUAAUUUCUCAAGAUAUGUGGCGAUUUCUAUAAUCAAGAGCAAGAGUGAAGUGGCUGGCAAGUUCAAGGAGUUUCUGACGCUUUUCGAAAACCAAUGGGGUACGCGACUGAGGUGUUUACAAUCUGACAACGGAACCGAAUUUGUGGACAAGACCAUGGCUGGAAUUUGUCAACAGAACGGCAUUGUAAACCAGCGUUCCGUUCCAUACAUCCCUCAGCGGAACGGAGUGGCGGAGCGUUUGAACAGGACUAUCAUGGAGAAGACCCGCAGCAUGUUGUAUUACAAGAGCGUCUCGACGGAAUGGUGGGCGGAAGCGGUAAGCACAGCGGUUUAUUUAAGUAACCGCUCCAGCAAUACGGCCCAUCCAGACAUUACACCCUACGAGCUGGCUUUCAAGAUGAAGUCUCAAAUGGAUCACUUGCGCGUGUUUGGUUCGCACGGCUACGCUCAUAUUGACGAUGUGAAACGGACCAAACUGGAACCCAAGAGCUUCAAGUGUAUGUUUCUCGGCUACGCAGAGAAUGUCAAGGGCUAUCGCGUGUUUGACUUGGAGGAUGCCAAGAUCAAGGUGACUCGCUGA